CGCAUCUUCCCGCCUUUCCUCCCAUUUGUAACAUCAAGCACGAGUAGAAUCCUGAUCUCGAGCUUUCAGCCCCGCCCUUUCCAGCCAGCCGUCCUCCUCCAAGCACCCGGAGAGCACAUCAAGAUGUUGACAUCAGCGGUCUUCCUCCGAGCGGCUCCUGGCAUCUCAACGACUAGGCUGCUCAGAACAGGCGCCAGAAGUAGCUACACAGCCAUUGCAGGAUGCAGUCUUCUUCUCCAGAGCAAGGAAAGAUCAUCGGUUACCUUUGCCGAUAGAGUACGGAAAGACGGAUCCCAUACUCCGACAGUCUCACUCAGCCCCAACAACUUCGCCAGAACGUUCCACGCCAGCGCGGUAUGCCGCACCUACUACGAAGGUUACGCCAUGGGCUGGAGCUGCACCGGUGACGACUGCGAAGACUGCGAUUGUGAUUGGGAUGAUGGCAUUGGAAAAGAACCUAGUCCCAUUUGCGAGAUCUGCAACGUCAACCCCACAGCACACAACCUACUCCCCACAGCACACGAGUUAGCAUCCGAGGACCAUGUGACCGUAUGGGCCACGUAUACUUCGUACUGCAAGGAAUGUGCGGAAAAGAGAUGGGAAGAGGAACGAAGACGAAAGGAAGCCGAAGCGAAGAUUGCGGCUGCCCGGCAGAAGAUUGCGGCUGCCCGCCGGGAGAGGGUGAACAAGAUGCUGGAACAUGUCAAGUCGCUUCCACCAGGACAGCAAGUUCCAAUCGCCUAUGCGAUUGAGAAGGUUUCCAGCAUCUGGAGCUACGAGUCAGCUGCUAUGCGGCAUAGAGACCUCAGAGAUUUGUUGUCAGAAGAACUACAAAUUGUGAAGGUGGGAACCCGAUGGAAGUGUGAUAAGGGACGAGUUGAUGCAAUGGACUUCGAAUUAUGGGACAGCGGUGGUGUCAGAGGUAGGGAUGACUGGGGAGUAUCACCUACUGUGAAAUUUGAGGACAAAGACGAGGCCACGAGUGUGGAAGCACAGAUCAAGUUGGCCGGGGCAUACCGAGAGGACGGGCGGGAGACAUGAACGGACGGGGUAGUAGGACAACCAUAGGGUACCUGUACAUUGAUGAAGGAGAAAUGUUUUGUAUGAUAUCACUCUAUCUGGAAAUCCCAACGUCAGUCCGUCUCUGUCAAGGCACUCAUAGGUUUUGUGUGACCGGCUCGGCUGGUUGCGCGACUGACGUUGACGUCAGACAUACCUUAUCUUAUCGGCCUUAUCGAUAGGGAAAUGGCCAUCAAGGUUCUCA